GGCGAGAGCAGCCUGGACCUCUUCAAGGAGCAGUGGAGAGUCAGUUGGCUGGACGAGAGGGGCAGCUUUGUUGCCUGGAGCCGCAAGUUUUGCCUCGCAUUCUCGGAGCAGUUGGAGCUGCGCUGCUUUCCGCUGGAUCGGCAGCUCUGCAGGAUCAAGAUCACAGCAGAAAAGACGGUGGAAGAGUUCCAAUUUGUGAUGAAGACCAAGAACCUGAGGAAGAUUAGCGAGGUUGUUGAGACCUUUGAAGUGGACAAGGCUAUGCAGGAGAAGUGCACUGCGUACGUUCGGUACGCGGAUUACUUCUUGCCCUUUGAAAACAACAGGUCCAACAUCAGUGUGCUGUGCCACCUGGAGCGCAGAGGCGGCUACUUCUUUAACAACAUCCUGCUCAUGGUGUUCCUUGUGAACGUGAUGGCCCUUUGCACCUUCGCGAUCCCCGUGAAGGACGUGUCUGGACGCCUGGGGUUGCUGAGUGGCUGCUUCCUGGCAGUGCUGGCCUAUCGCUACAUCGUCAACGAGAUCCUGCCCAGGAAGUCCUACCUGACGGCUGCCGACAUGUACAUCAGCUUCGCAUGCCUCUUUCAAAUCGGGAUCUGCGCUCAGACGGUGGUCUUCGGCAUUCUAAGGAACCGUGAGGACGGGCACAAAAAUGCGGACGAGCUGAACAAGAGGGAUAACAUCCUGGGAUCCUUGAUGGCAUUGGCCUGGCUUGCCAUCAAUAUCUUCCUGUGGUGCCUUUGGAGACUGGAUAUGCGCCAGAGUUGGUCCUCGGUGUACGAAGACAACAAGGAGCCCUACGCACCAGUGCGAGAAUGCACAAGGUGCGAAGAACGAUGGCUGAGCUUGAUGUGCACACACGGCGACAAAGACAGUGCAUGCAAGGACUGCGGGGCUCCGGUGAAGCGGCACUACCUGACACCCCAGGACGUGGCACCCCUGGUGGAGGAGCAGGAGCUGCUGAAAGGCCCCAAAGAGCCACCAUCCACUCCAGGCCGCAGCCUUUCGGCGCGAUGAGAGAUGAGAGUGAUGGCGCCCAGGCGCCCGCGCGCCCUGUGUUUCUUUUUGCCGAGGCAGAACUUUCAGGCAACCCUUAGUUGGUGGUUUGGAC